AAGUGCAUAUAAAUCCAUGACCUGAGAAAUGGUGUUUUUUUUUUUUUUCCUGAUGAAAACAAUUCUAAAUAACAAAUAACAUACAUAGAUUUAGCUUCCAAUAAUGAAUACUGAUGCUUCGCGCUUUCGUUUUCAAGAAAUGUUACUUGAAUAAAAGCAGUCCUGCUACCUGUCGUAGAAAGACAAAAAAUUUUAAAAAAUAAACAAGCGCCAAACUUGGCAAAUUAUUCAAUUCUUAUCCCUCAUUCCUCUUUCUUUUUGAACCAUAAUGUCUACCGAUCGUAUUCAAUUUCUCCGCUCUAAAUUGGCUCAAUAUCCCGAUUUCCCUAAGAAGGGAAUCCUUUUCGAAGAUAUCAUGCCCAUUUUCUCUGACCCAAAGUCCUUUGGCAUCCUCAUUGAUUUGUUAGUCGAACUUAUUCAAAAAGAAUUUAAGGAAAUUGAUGUUGUUGUCGGUUUGGAAGCUCGUGGUUUCCUUUUCGGUCCUACUUUGGCUUUGCGUUUGAAUGCUGGAUUCGUCCCCGUCCGUAAACCCAACAAACUCCCUGGUGAUUUAGCCACUAUUACUUUCAAGAAGGAAUACGAUGAAGAUGCUUUUGCUAUGCAAAAAUCCUCCAUCAAGCCUGGCCAACGAGUCUUGAUCGUUGACGACAUCUUGGCUACUGGUGGUACUGCUUUGGCUGCCGAUGAACUCAUUUUGCAAUUGAAUGGUAGUUUGUUGGGUCACGUUUUCCUAAUGGAAUUGGGCUUUUUGGAAGGUCGUAAACGCCUUAAAGCUCCUACAUUCACUCUUUUCAGUGGUCAAUCUGAGGCUCCUAAGGGCAGCGAAUUCGCUUAAACCAUCUAAGCUUUCAUAUUUGUUUAUUAAGGAAUUUUCGGUGGUAAUGGCUUCUUGUGGGUUUUUCAAAUUUUCAUAACACUGACCAGGUGCUCCUUGUGUUUUUGGAUAGUAAUUUUGCUUGUAUACUAGAUCUUGAAGAGCACUCUUUUCGCAAUAGAACUAUUGGUUUUAAGAGAUUCUCCAUGUAAUUUUUUAACUGAAAAUUAUAGUAUGCUCGUUGUAGAUAAUUUAUCAGUCUUUUUAUUAUAGAGUCAUACCUGAAACAAAUAAAUAAGCAGAGUAAAGUACUCAGUAUUACCCA